ACCCGGCGGCCUGGUUCUGACUGAGCCGAACCGUCCAGGACACCGGUCAUCAGCCGGUAACCGACCGAAGCUGCGCAGCUUCGGUGGGAUUUUAGGGAGAAGAGUGAAGCGCUUUAAAAUGGCUCCCGCCGCCCGGCGGCCGUAGCGGACAGCAGCACCAGGAGGCAGCAUGUCGGCGGCCCAGACCCAGAAGGAGGCCAGUGAGGCGGGCUGGAGCUGCCUGGAGGCUCUGGGCCUCAGCCAGAAGGAGCUGGUUCUGGCCGAGGCCCUGCAGAUGGAAUACGAUGCCCUCUCCAGGCUCAAACAGGACAAAAGCGGAAUCGGCCCUGCCGAACCUCGACCUCCAGGCCAAACCCGCUCUAAGACCCCGAACCCCUGCAUGGAGCAGCCCUGCCCUGCCCCCAGCCAGCCCAUCCCUGCUGGAGGAAGCCUGCUGAGGGGACUGUCUGGGUCCGACUCCUCCCUGAACCAGCCGGGAGGCUCCCAGUCGGCGCCCUCCAUCCCCAGCAGGGCGCUGCCUCCCCAGGGAGGCUGCGGCAGAGAGUCCCUGUACAUCCUGGACAGUCCGGACCUCAGCAAGUUUAGAGACUCUCCAGGUUCUGGCCUCAGAGACUCUCCUGGAUCUGGUCCAGGGUUUCUCUCCAAAGGCUUCCCUGCUCUUCCGGAUGAUGUUCCCCCUGCCAUCCCCCCGAGGAACCCGAUCCCCCUGCUGUCAGAGAACCCCUUCCUGCCUCCUCGAGCGUCCACGCUGGCUCGGGAUGUGAACCUGUUCACACCCGACGUGGAUCCGCCAAAAGUGCCGCCCACAGAGCUGAACUACGACAACAUCAACGACUCGCUGUCUCGACUCAAUGACAGCCGGCCGCCACCGAUGCGAGGCCGCAGAGCCAACGGGGACCAAUCAGGGAAGCCCGUGGCUCGCAGUAAAACCCUCCCCCCUCAGGUGCCACCCAGGACGUAUGUACCUGUUCCCAAGAGCAACAAGAACCAGCGGAGAGUGUCGGCCGACCCGGUGUCUCUGGGCUCCAGGAUGAACGGGUUUGGAUAUGAGCUGUUCCAGGUGUCGGAGGAGAGAGACGAGGAGGUGGCGGCCUUCUGCCACAUGCUGGAUGUGCUGCGUUCAGCGUAUCCACACAGCGACCGGUCAAAGAACGCCGGCUUCGUGUGGUCGCCGUCGGUGGGCCAUGAGGAGCUUCACCAGGCUCUGGGAGUCAGCGUGAAGGUCACAGUCAUCAGUGAGCACUUCAGAGAGCCGCUCACCUUCACCUGUGAUGGUUCGUCCACCGUCGACCUGCUCAUCUAUCAGACUCUGUGCUACGCUCAGGACGACCUGGACCACGUGGAUGUGGACGGAUACCUGCUGAAGGUCUGUGGACACGACGAGUUCCUCAACAAGGUGGAGCUACCGCUGCACGUGGAGCGUCUUGUCCAAUCGGUGAAGGCGCUGUGCAGCUCGCUGGCUGCCGUGGAGACGCCCGACGUGACGGCGGCGCUCAGCCAGCUCCCAGCAUGCCCAUGUCGGCUGCAGCCCAAAGUCCUGAAGGACGCCUCGGUGCUGGCAGUCAGAGAGAACAGAGAGAAAGUGGUGGAGAAGCUGACGGCGGCCAUCUUGGAUCUGGUGGAGCUGUACUGCAGCACGUUCAACGCCAACUUCCACCCGACGUUGCAGAGCCUGAGCUGCACGGCGCCGGUGCAGGAGGCUGGCCUGGUCACCAACGUGUUGUCCUUCAACGUGCACGCUGCCCAUCGCAUCCCCAUCACCUGGGCUGCCAGCUAUGAGGGUUUCUUCUUGUCCUGCUCGUUGACUCAUGGGGGGGCGGAGCUCUGUGCACCGCAGCACACUAGCAAACAGCCAGUCAGCAAAUACCUGUUUCACCUGGUGGUGUGGGACCAGAGGGUGUGUUUUCCAGUGCAGAUCAACCAGUUGCCCCGAGAGUCGCAGCUGACGGUGACGCUGUAUGCCAGCUGCCUGCCACCGCCUGGUGGCGCCGAGGAGAAGGGGAAGCAGCGACGCAGCAUCGAGGCUCUGGGCUGGGUCACCAUGCCACUGUUCAACUUCAGGCACGUCCUGACAUGUGGUCGGAGGUUGCUCGGUUUGUGGCCUUCAACUCCAGGGAGAAGUGGAAACGCUCGCACGAGUUCCCCCAACUUCAGCCAACCGGACAGCGUCAUCCUGCAGGUGGACUUCCCCACCUCAUCCUUCGAGGUCCGGUUCAGUACCCCGUCUCCAGCAGAAUUCUGUCCUCAGUAUGACUUCUGCAGACUCGACACCAUCAGUCAGAUCCAGCUGCAGGACGUUCUACACAAGAAGGCCUUCUUCUGGCUGACAGCCGAGGACCGCCGCCUGCUGUGGGAGAAGAAGGCCUUCUGUCAGGGUGAGAGCGCCGCGCUGCCUCUGGUUCUGGCCAGCGCCCCCUGCUGGCAGUGGGCCUGCCUGCCUGAGAUCUACGCCCUGCUGAGGCAGUGGGCCUGUCUGGGUCACCUGGACGCCCUGGGCCUGCUGCACGCCUCGUUCCCGGAUCAGGAGCUGAGGAGAACAGCGGUCCAGUGGAUGGACUCCAUCUCUGACCCGGAGCUGCUGGAUGUUCUGCCUCAGCUGGUUCAGGUAACAGCGACUGGGUUGAUCGAGUCGAGCCUCGGCAGCGUCGCCACCAAACUGAACUUCUUCAUCCACAAUCUGGCUCAGAUGAAGUUUGCUUCGUCGGAGGAUCGUCCCACGCUGGCCUUUGCUCCCAGAGUCCACACGGCGAAGAGCGACGGCCUCAUCAGGAACCUCUACAUCUGCAGACACAUUCGCACGGCCAGCAAAGGAUACGCGUUUGUGGUGAAAGUGGAGCGAGAAGCUCAGCAGGAGGUUCAGCUCGUUCAGAGGACCUUCGAGGAGUUUCAUGAACUCCACAGCAAACUGAGGCUGGUGUUCCCCUCGUCCAAGCUGCCCAGCUUCCCCAGCCGCUUUGUGAUUGGUCGUUCCCGUGGCGAGGCGACGGCGGACAGAAGGAAGGAUGAGCUGAAUGGUUACGUCUGGCACCUGAUCCACGCGGCGCCGGAGGUCGCUCAGUCGUGUUCGUUCUUCAACUCCAACGCCGUCCCCCUCAAACUGUCCUUCCAAAACCUGGACCCUCUGGGGGACAAUGUCAAUGUCAUCUUCAAGUCAGGAGACGACCUGAGGCAGGACAUGCUGACGCUGCAGAUGAUCCGCAUCAUGAACAAGAUCUGGAUUCAGGAGGGGCUGGACAUGAGGAUGGUCAUCUUCAAGUGCUUCUCCACCGGCAGAGGACGAGGAAUGGUGGAGAUGAUUCCUCACGCUGACACACUGAGGAAGAUCCAGGUGGAACAUGGAGUCACAGGAUCUUUCAAAGAUCGACCGCUGGCUGACUGGCUGCUGAAACACAACCCCACUGACGAGCAGUACGACAAGGCAGUGGAGAACUUCAUCUACUCGUGCGCUGGCUGCUGCGUGGCGACCUACGUUUUGGGAAUCUGCGACCGCCACAACGACAACAUCAUGCUGAAGACCAGCGGUCAUAUGUUUCACAUCGACUUCGGGAAGUUUCUGGGACACGCACAGAUGUUCGGAAACAUCAAGCGAGACCGCGCCCCCUUCGUCUUCACCUCGGACAUGGCCUACGUCAUCAACGGAGGAGACAAACCUUCCAGCCGCUUCCACGACUUCGUGGACCUCUGCUGUGAAGCAUACAACCUGAUCCGCAAACACACACACCUGUUCCUCAACCUGCUGGGCCUGAUGUUGUCCUGUGGGAUUCCUGAGCUCUCGGACCUAGAGGACCUGAAGUACGUCUACGACGCUCUGAGACCUCAUGAGUCUGAGGCCGACGCCACCAUGUACUUCACCAGGUUGAUCGAGUCGAGCCUCGGCAGCGUCGCCACCAAACUGAACUUCUUCAUCCACAAUCUGGCUCAGAUGAAGUUUGCUUCGUCGGAGGAUCGUCCCACGCUGGCCUUUGCUCCCAGAGUCCACACGGCGAAGAGCGACGGCCUCAUCAGGAACCUCUACAUCUGCAGACACAUUCGCACGGCCAGCAAAGGAUACGUGAGUCCAGCACUGAUCAGAACCCUGAAGAACCUGCAGCUCCUCUGGUCAACACUCUGCAUUUUAGAUCCACACUCAUGUAGUUCUGAAACUUCCACAAGUUCAGUACUCAGCUGGUUUAGAUACUGUCACUUGUCUCUUCUUUCAGUCAGAACUGAUGUUCAUCUCAGCCACUUGUCUGACCUGCACUUUGUUCUGUUUCUUCAGCUGGUGUAUGAGCGGAUCCCUCGAGGGGACCUGGACCAGAGAGUGAUCCACCUCCGAGUUCUGGGCGACGGGGCCUUCUGGGAGAACACCCUGCUGGGGGAGACCUUCAUCCCUCUGAGGAGGCUGGUACCGGGUCAGCACUGGGUCGACUGGCACCAGCUGGGCACCGCCGGCUCUGACUCAGCCCACUGAUGGUUGGCGCCGGUCCUGUGAAGGGAAACCCAGUUCGUCCGUGUGGCUUAGGUCUAGUGUUGAGCUGAAGGUGGAGCUUUACUAAUCUGAGACGGCGGUUUAGUGAUGAAACAGUUUUAUUGGUAAUUUAUGGGAUUAAAAGGUGAAGGAGGCCGAUCAGCUCCUUCUGAAGUUUGAAACAAACUACUCAGUAAACAGUUAACCAGUCGUACUAACUGACUAGUUCUCCUAACUCCACUUUAACCGAUGAGAAGGAUCACGUGGACAUUGAACAGGUUUCAUGUGAGCUGAGGCUCCUGCAGACGGGUUCAGGAUGCACGAGGAGACGACACGACGAAGAAGCUUCUGCAGUUUCCUCUUCAGCGGCUUUCAGCUGUCGAUGAAGCCAGACAGAUGCUGGUCCUCAGGAUGAAUCUGCUCCGUUUUCAUUUCACUUUGUUUUCUGCUGAAUGAGGUUAGAAACAGAUUUCUGUCAGGAGAGGAAGGAGACGGGCCACAGCGGGAGGAGAAGCACACGGUUCCCCAGGAACACG